AUGCCGACACCAAAUAUCUCCGGAUCUGCUGGGAAAAGCUUCAGAAGGGCUGUUUCUGAACUCGACCCUAAACAAGCUGAGGCCAUUCUGUCUCCCCGAUUCUUGGGCAGGAGGCAGAGUUUAAUAGAAGAUGCUCGGAAGGAACGGGAAGCAGCGGCAGCGGCAGCAGAGGCAGCGGAAUGCACUGAAUCUCUGGUAUUCGAGGAGAAAGAUGGCAAAGCCAUUGUCAACCUACUCUUCUCCCUCAAAGGAAACAAACCUUCUUCACUAUCCCGCACUCUGAAAGUGUUUGAGACAUUUGAAGCCAAAAUACAGCACCUGGAGACUCGACUUGGAAAGAAAACAUCAUCAUCAGCCCCAGAUGUGGAAUAUUUUGUACGGUGUGAGGUUCAUCGCUCCGAUCUCAACACACUAAUGAGCUCCAUCAAAAGAGUGUCAGAAGAUGUUAGGACUACUAAAGAGAUGAAAGUUCAUUGGUUUCCCACUAAAAUUUCAGAAUUGAACAAGUGUCACCAUUUGGUUACCAAGUUUGAUCCAGACUUAGAUUUAGAUCACCCGGGUUUCUCUGAUCAGGAAUAUCGGAAGAGGAGAAAGAUGAUUGCUGAUAUAGCCUUCAGCUACAAACACGAUGAUCUAAUACCCAGAGUAGAGUACUUGCCAGAGGAAAUAGCGACUUGGAAGGAGGUCUACUCAACUCUCAAGAGUCUAUAUCCCACACAUGCUUGUAAGGAGCACCUAGACGCCUUCCAUCUCCUGGAGACCCACUGUGGGUACAGCGAGGACAACAUACCACAACUGCAGGAUGUCUCCUGCUUUCUAAAAGAAAGGACUGGCUUCCAGUUACGCCCUGUGGCCGGGCUGUUAUCUGCUCGAGAUUUUCUCUCCAGUUUGGCUUUCCGUGUUUUCCAGUGCACACAGUACAUUCGACACGCAUCGUCACCAAUGCAUUCACCAGAACCGGAUUGCUGUCAUGAGCUGCUGGGACAUGUUCCUAUGUUGGCUGAUAAAACAUUUGCUCAGUUUUCCCAGGACAUUGGCUUAGCGUCACUGGGAGCAACAGAUGAAGAAAUAGAGAAACUGGCCACGCUAUACUGGUUCACAGUAGAGUUUGGCCUGUGUAAGCAGGAUGGUGAAAUGAAAGCAUAUGGUGCUGGUCUGCUGUCAUCAUAUGGUGAAUUAUUGCACUCUUUGUCAGAUGAGCCGGAAGUUCGACCUUUUAAUCCAGAUGAAGCAGCCGUACAGCCAUACCAGGACCAGAAUUACCAGCCAGUGUAUUUUGUCUCAGAAAGCUUCUUUGAUGCCAAGGAGAAGCUAAGGAAUUAUGCAUCUCGUAUUAAGAGGCCUUUUGCUGUGCGAUAUAACCCAUAUACUUUGAGCAUCGAGGUUCUGGACAGACCUAGUCGGAUUCAAAGUUCCCUGGAGGAUCUAAGAGAUGAACUGCAGACCCUCACCAACGCACUUACCAUACUUUCCUAA